UUUUGUUUCGUACAGAGGCUUCCUCCUGCACCGAGGCACACGGGCAUCGUCGGGAUGGAGUUAACUGAAGCUUUCGUAAUAUUUCAGUUGGGCUGGCCUCGCAUGCAUCACUUGUUCGCUCUCCUUUGUGUUUUCGCCGUUGUGUAUAAAUUAACUGUCUUGAUCGCCAAAAGAAAGGCUACGUUUCGAAGCAUUGAAGCUUUUCCAGGACCACCGGGACACUGGCUCUUUGGACAUGUUUUGCAGUUUAAACAAGAUGGGAAAGACUUUGAGAAGAUAGUGAACUGGGGUCAAGAGUACCCAUAUGCUUUCCCACUGUGGUUUGGUCCCUUUGUUUGUUUCCUCAACAUUCACCAUCCAGAUUAUGUAAAAACCAUACUGACAUCAACAGAACCAAAAGAUGAUUUGGCAUAUAGGUUUAUUGAGUCUUGGAUUGGGGAUGGUUUAUUGGUAUCUAAAGGUCAGAAGUGGUUUCGUCACAGACGGCUCCUGACACCAGGUUUCCACUAUGAUGUUUUGAAAGCAUACGUAAAAUUGAUGUCAGAUUCCGCUAAAACUAUGUUGGACAAAUGGGAAAGUUAUGCAACCACCAAUGAGUCCUUUGAAUUGUUUGAACACGUGAGUCUCAUGACACUGGACAGCAUCUUGAAGUGUGCAUUCAGCUACAGCAGCAACUGUCAGACUGAGAGUGGAACAAAUACAUACAUCAAAGCAGUGUAUGAACUCAGUGAUCUGAUUAACCUGCGGUUCAGGACAUUUCCAUACCACAACGACCUCAUUUUCUACCUCAGCCCACAUGGCUUUAGAUACAGGAAAGUGUGCAGGGUGGCUCACAGUCAUACAGAGGAGGUUAUAAGAAAGAGGAAAGAAGCACUAAAGCAAGAGAAGGAGCUGGACAACAUACCGGCCAAGAGAAACUUGGACUUUCUGGACAUUCUUCUUUUUGCAAGAGAUGAGAAACAGCAGGGUUUGUCAGAUGAAGAUCUACGAGCAGAAGUGGACACCUUCAUGUUCGAGGGCCAUGACACCACAGCCAGCGGCAUCUCUUUCAUCCUCUACUGUCUUUCCUGCCACCCAGAACACCAGAAGAUUUGCAGGGAUGAGAUCAUUGAGGCCCUACAUGGCAAGGACACCAUGGAGUGGGAGGAUCUUAAUAAAAUUCCAUACACUACAAUGUGCAUAAAAGAAUCCCUCCGUCUUUACCCUCCCGUACCAGGAAUGUCCAGAAAACUCACCAAACCCAUGACCUUUUUUGAUGGAAGGACUGUGCCUGAAGGUUGUCAUGUUGGAACAACUGUGUUUGGGAUUCACAGGAAUGCAGCCGUUUGGGAAAACCCUGAUGUCUUUGACCCACUGCGCUUCCUGCCAGAGAAUGUUUCCAAAAGGUCACCUCAUGCAUUUGUGCCAUUCUCAGCUGGGCCAAGAAACUGCAUUGGUCAGAACUUUGCCAUGAAUGAGAUGAAAGUGGUGAUAGCCCUGACACUUAAGAGAUAUCAUCUGAUUGAGGACCCCGCUUGGAAACCCAAGAUAAUUCCUAGACUGGUGCUCCGCUCACUCAAUGGCAUCCACAUUAAAAUCAAGCCCGUAGAGCCACAAGUGUAAAGGGAAAUAACUUUGGUGAAUACUGGUGAAACUGGAAAUUCCACUUCAAUGAGGGAAUCAUUAAAUUAUCUUUAAUUUCUAAUAUUUUAACUAAGCUUUUACACUAAUAUAUAACUUAACAGAUAAUGAUGAACUGUGGAGUAUUUUGUGUAUUGACUAAAUAUGCCUUUGGGGAAUUAACUUGCUGAAUAAUAAGUUGAUAUUCUUUUUUUCUCUUUCUGUAACACUUUGUUGUGAGACAUUUUUGAAUAUAGCGAAAAAGACCCUUCAUUUUGGUUUGACAUUUGCACUUACUGUAAUCCGUUUGUAAUAAAUAUCAAAUGUUGAAAAAAUA